AUGACGCCGUCUGGUUUGUUCUGUAUUCUGAGCUGCGUUGCCUUAAAUUUUACAAAUAUACCAGAGUUGGUGGUUGAGUAUGAUGACGUUUCAAGUAUCAAACCGGGAAAACGGUUAAAAAUUGCUAUAGACUUCCGACCGAAGCAGGUCAAGGAAUAUGUAUUUACCUUGCAAUUUUUUGUGAACUCCCUUUGCGAAGAAAUUGUCACCAUAAGAGGGGAAGGCAUCCCUCUCCUAUUCGAUCUCUAUGAAGGCUGCCAAAAGAGUUUCGAUUUGGGCUACGUGAAGGUGGGCGAGAAAUUAGUUCGCACUAUAGAAGUGAUGAACCACAGCAAAGUAGCGAUCGAAGCUUCGUAUAUAUUCAGAGAAAUGUAUCCAGAAGUCGAUGACUCGGCUAAGUCUGACACUACAAGUGUUUGCUUGAGUCCUGGGACGGCUAUGCUGCAACAUGACGCUGGUCCUUCAAGAGUGCAGAUGUUACAAACGUAUGAAAAUGACAAGGUCCGCAACCAAAUUGCUAAGGACAUACAGAAUGCAUUAUCUUCCUUGAAAGUAAUACCAAACAAGUGCACCAUUCUUCCGUAUAAGAAAGUUCCCUUGAAGAUACAGUUCAAACCAGUCGGAAUGAUAAGUACACUCAAUGUUCAGCUAAAUAUGAAAGUAUUCCAAUUCGAGCGUCCUUUGGUUCGUCUCAGCGGCUGUGCCACGGGCAUGAGUUUCUGCUUUAGCCAGAACUCGUUACAAUUUGGUCGCGUACGCAAACGUGGAUGCAAGAUACUCAAAGUGAUGCUUCAGAAUAAAGGCGAUUUUGGAGCCAGGUUCUGGUGGCAGCCUCUGAUCUCGAACGAGUUCACAAUAUCCCCACAGUAUGGAACGAUAGCUGCUCACACCAACGUUACCUUCACCAUAACAUUCAGACCAGUCAAUCAUAAUCCUUUCAUUAAAGUAUGGGCAAGUUGCAACAUAGAAAACUACAAGCCGCUGGAAUUGGCGCUGUACGCGACAUGCGUGGACCUGGGUAACGUACAAAACAAGACCCUGAACAUGGAGUGCCCCGUGCGCGAGAUUCACACAGACUAUGUCGUCGUUACUAACCCGACUGAUGAUUUAUGGUUCGUUCUGUCUGAAACAUCUGGCGGGCCAUUCGAAACUUGGAAAGAGUUUCACGUCGAACCCAAUUCCACCCAGGAAAUACCAAUCAGUUUCAAGCCGAAGACUCUUGGUAAACAUGAGAGCCAAGUGUUAUAUUCACCUCUUGGGGAAAACGCACUAUUCGUCACAUUAAUUGGAAAUGCCCUGGAUCCUAAUCCAAAUGGUACCAUCAACGUAAAAGUGCCAGCCAAGGAACUGCUAGUUAAAUUAUUGUUGGUGUACAACAUAACCGAGAUGGGAGGUUCGGAUUUUAAUAAUGGAUUUAAUUUGGUCAAAGGAUUCUUAGCGCAACUUUUACUCCUUGGUAAAGGGUACCUAUUCACUUUAUCGUGGGUGGUAUUCGUAAACCAGGCAAGUCGGGAAUAUCAAUUCUACAUCAUCAACGUGUUAGUUACUGAGAGCCUCAUAGUGGACACGUUGAAGUUUGUCUGCCGCGCCCGAGAGAUGGCGCAGAAUGAACUCGUUAUUAAAAACCCGCUCGCCGAAGACGCAGAAUUCACUGUUCACUGUGAGAAACUACAAUGUCCCGAUACUUUGAAGAUUAAUAGAAAUUCUGAGGCUGUGUUAUCAAUGACAUAUUCACCAUUAGUAGUUGGUGAAUUAGAGGAUUACUUGAAGGUCUCUAAUUUCAUAGUUGGCACUUACGUUUACAAAACGAUUUUGAAAUGUCUGCCUGCAAAGGAGAAAAAUCUAGAAUAUGAAACUUCCCUAGGAACUAACAUUCCUAUACGUCUCAAAGUGCAGAACAGAAGUGAUGUGAAAACUGAAUUCUUUUGCAAGGUAUCCCACCCGUCUAUACAAGCGGAAAGGGAGUACACUCUCGGACCCCUAGAGAAGGGCAAGUUUUUAGUGUGGUUCGAACCUACAGAGCUCGGCGUGCAGCAUUGUAGAAUUUCAUUCGAUUCCGAUGUUGCUGGAGAAUUUAUAUUCAACAUUAAAGGAACUGGCACUGACCCGAAGCCCAGUGGUCCAUAUGAAAUAAAAGCCGGCUCAUCCACAAUUAUAAAGUUCAAAAACAUUUUCGAUGAUACGAGAAUGUUUAAAAUAUAUGUCGACAGAGACGAAUUUUAUGUGAAAACUUUGUAUGAACCGAUUAGACCUAAAAAGGAAAUGAAGAUACAGGUGUCCUUAAAUGACAGGCCGGUAUCAGGAUGGUCAGUAAUACCUACUGGUACACUCACCAUCGAGAAUUGUGAGCCGCCAACUCCUAAGGUGCACUGGACAUACUUCCUGCAAGGCAUACCUUGAUGCGAG